AUGUCUGGAAACAAGCCAAGCCCGGUUGGCACCGAUGAAUCGGGCACGUGGAAAAAUACAGAUGUACCUGACGAAUUUGCUGCAAAUGGCUCAGGUUACAGUUCUGCCCCUAAACGCAGAAGAGGACCAACUCGAAGCCCAGCCGUACAGAAUAAAUAUGGCGGCCUGGCAACACCUGCUGCCGCCCAGCUAAAUGAUAUGAACGGACAUGGCGAAUCGAUUGAAGCUGCAAUUCCACCCCUUGCGAACGACUAUAUCAAUCCAACAGCUUCCGAAAGCUCAAUUUUGGAGGAGCAGUCUGGCGAAGAAGAGGAUACGAGGAUGUCCGAAAGAGGAUCUUCGAUAGGAGGGGAAAUUCCUACUUUGGAGGACGACGAGAUGUCUUUUCCGGAUGCGAAUAACAAUAUGACUGGAGACUCGCUGGGAUUGGAAUUGAACGCUGCUAGCAAUCAGAGCGACGAGGAAGACGAAUACAACACUGUUACCAGAGACAACAUCCUCCCAGUUGACUCACCACAAUCAAGUCGGUCGAUAUCAAGUGAUGACGAUGCGAUGGACACCGCAAGCGAAAUUGGAAAUAACAUCGUUUACUCUAUCAACGCAGAUUCGAAUCAAAACCCCGAGGUAAACAUUGAUGAGAUUCUUGCAGAACUUGAUUCCUUGAGGAAGAAAGUUGCGUCUCAAGAUGAGAUGGUGGAAGCAAUGCUUCAAGAAAAUGCUUCAUUAAAGAAACAGCUGGAGUCUCAAGAUGAGGGAGCGGGAGCAGUGCGUCAAGAAAAUGCUUCGUUAAAGGAACAGUUGCAGUCUUACACGGAGAUAAUUUCAGCAGGCGAAGCAGAAAUCGCCGCCCUCAAGAAAACAACAGUCAAGGCAAAUCCAUCUGGUGAUGUUGCUACGAAAACUGAGACCCCCGCUGGACAGAUUUUGCAACUAAACUACCCGAGAAAAGACGAUGAUAAGCAGAAAGUCAUCUCGUUGGAGAAGCCUUCAUCAUCGCCGCCAGCGUCUUCACUUGUGGCGCAAAAAGCUACAGCGGUUCGACGCGUUCAACCUUUUGUCGCUAUUGCAAAAGAUCUAUAUUUCGACUUCACUGAGGCAAUGAACGUGGGACCAAAGCAAGGUCCUUUAUCGGGUAGUACGACAUAUAUCUUCCAAAUCUGGGCACGAGCAGUAAUCACUUUUCUGGCAACCCCAAUUUGGACGUUGAUGAGUCUUUUCAUGUAUCUGUCAGUGCAACACGAGCAGAAUUUGUGGAUGCAGGCGAAUGCUCUGACUAGGAAGCAGCUGUUGGGACAAGUAAGCGGUGCAACAGGAGAUUGGACAGCAGAUUGGAUCUGGAACAUGGUUUUCACCGUUGGGAGCGUGAUAUCAUUGUGUAAGUUAUAG